AUCAGCAACAGCGCAGUAGCCGUCUGCCCGCGCGCGAGUACUUACACAAGGCUCAGCCCUCGACGCGGUCGCUGAUGCGAGAACUCGUAUAGUCGUCGCGCAUAGUCAGUAAUCAGUAUUGUCAGUCUCACUGCCUCAGUCAGCAGCAGCCAGCAGCGCAAUCUCUGCGUGUAUAUGCGUGCAGAUCAGUGAGAGGACAAACAAGUAGUCGAGACUGCCGAGAUGCCACUGCAGGGAAGCCUGCUCCGGCGAAUUUGCUGCUGCAGAUUCGCCCAAUGAGGCUCCGUUGCAGGCCGUCGAUCACUCAACAUGAACUACAGUCUUAUAUAUAGAUGGACAAGUGCAGGCAGAAUAAUGACAGAUCAUUAUCAUCAUCAUCAUCAGCAGCAGCAGCAGCAUCAGUUGGAGAGGACAGUUUGCUGCCUCCCACACGCAGAGUAGCGAAUAACGCUGCGAGUCCGCUAACCAGAUCGCCAGCACAGGACAAGCGAAGCUCGAAAAAGUGGUCCAUCGAUGGUCUCUUUAGAAAGCUCUCCUCAAUACUCGAUGCUCAUUCUUCGUCCUCGCUAGAGGAGCCCUUCGAGAGACACCACCCGCGAUACGGAGGCAAGUCCAAGGACGACGUCUCAAAAUCGUCUGGUUAUGCUUUCAAGAGUCGCGAAGGCAUCGAUUACUCACCGGCGGCUAUCUAUUGCAACAACAACGAUGACAACGUCGAUGACGACGACGACGACAACAACGACAAUAGCGACAAUAACGACAACAACAAUAACAACGAAAACAGCGACGAGGAUCUGCUAAACGCCAACAUGAAUCAGAGCCAGAGCCUGGAUGCGCUCGAGGCGCGACUAACUGGCAAUUCCGUCUACUCGCGCAGCAGCGACGGCUCGCUCGAGGCCGGCGGCACUAGACGACUGCGCAAGGACAAGGUCAAGGCGCGCGUCGAGGCUAAGCGCGACCAGCUCUGCGUCGGCGACAGCAGCAUGGACGAGAGCAGCACCGAGGAACCUCUCGGCAACGCACCCCUACCAAAAGCCGAGAACAGUAACGGCAAGCGUCGCUCCAGAGCUUCGAGGAAUGAGAGGUAUUUCAAGAGAAUUGUUAACGCCUCCGUCAAACCGCAUCCAUCUAUUGCCGAUGUUCAUAAGCUCUUGCUGAUAGCACAAGUCAAUAAGCAAGACGUUUUCCAGCGGAUUGACCGAGCUCACAAGAGUCAAACCACCACUUCAGCUUCCAAGAACGGGAAAAUCAGCCUCGUAAGUGACUCAUCCAAGGAAAACCUAUACGCUUCACAAUCGGAUAUUGGGGUAAAUCCUCUGGUCCAGCAGACGCUUCAGUACUUUUCCAAGUUUGAUCAUCACAUGGACGCAAAUCAUCAUAAUUGUCAUUAUCAUCAUCAGCAGCAACAAAGAAUGCGCAAAACCUAUCCAACCCAGCAGCACCAUCGCCGUGGAACACUCAAAUCUCAGGUUCAUCCCGACAGCAGCCACGGUUUCGACGACGAAGUAUCUCCUUCGACCAGCCUGGUGCCACCAAAGCCACCCUCGAGGGAUCAUACGUCUCGCGUACUCAUAAACGGAACCCCGAUGGACAAGUAUCAGCAAAUGUUAGGGUACGUGCAGAGGCCACCGUCGGAGACUCAGUUCAUAAACGCUGAAUCUUAUACAGGCACAAGCCUCUCGAAAAAAGAAAAUUCCGAAGUUCGGAGUGCCAAUAAUAAUUCAGCCCAGCAAGAAUGUCUACUAUCUCUCAGUCCGCCCAAAAGUCCAUUGAGAGAAUCGCUCAAUAUGGCAACUGUUGGAGUAACAAAAUCUUUGAUCGAAAGAAACCAAUCUCCGCUCUUGGAUUUGAACCAAGCUAAAUAUCGAAGCCAGCCGUUGUCGCCGCAGGACUACCAUAAUCUUAACUACGUGCCUCAUAACAAGCUAGGGGAUACCAUGAAAAACCAGCUAAACGAUAGGCAAAGUUCGAAAAAUUUGGAAGAGGCGCUGUGCGAAUUGGAGGCUAUAUACAAUAGUCUGCAACUCGGCGAUGAAGAGUUGCUAGAGAGGGCUGAGAAACGAACGAUGGAGGAAUUUCAUUAUAAAGGAUUGACAGCCAGCCUGCAUCUUCACGGUAAUGAAGAUUCAGCUUCCAGGAGAAAAGUAUGCACUGAUCAGACUUCGAGCAAUUACAGAGAAAUGGCUGAAGCACCUGAUAGACUGAAAGACGACAUGGCCUAUAGGCGGAUGCAUCCCAAAGAGAGACCUCCUUCCACGGACGGUCAGUCGUUUUUAUCUAGUAUUAGUUAUUUAAUGACAUCGCCUAUACCGUCUCGUCGAGAUAUGCGUUACAUCGAUCCCAAAAGAAAAUCUUGUAGAAAAGAGCCGGAUGUCGCAUUGGACGACGUCGUCUUUCGCAGCAUGCAAUACGCUAAUAAUACUCUUAAGGUAGUAGAGCCACAGCCGCCGUUUGGAAUACCUUUGGGCCCCAUUACUACAGCCACUGAGUCAGACUACUUGCACACAAAUCCUAUGAAAUCUGAGCGUUCACGUUCUCCAUAUAUUCCGAGUUGUGAACCAGAUCUCGUGACUGAUGACCUGGCGUUCCGUAAUUUGCGCAAAGAUGCCCUGUCGUCUGGUAGCAGUCGACAACCCAGCCCCUCGCUUCUUCAUGGCAGUAUUAUUGGAAGUAGUAAUUGUACCUCGCCGCUCUCUUUUGGCUUAAAGAAAAGACGGGCUGUCAGAUCGCUGUCCGCAAAUCUAUACGGUCUGAUUAAUAAGCCAACAUUGUCAACGGAUUUUGAUGCCAGAAAUCAGACAAGCAUCGCAGAUGAUUUCAUUUUUGACGACUUCUUUAAUGAUGUACCAGUAAAACACAUUAGCAGAAGAACGAGCGAUCCUGAGCUCAUGUGUCCGAAUUGGCACAAAAAUACGGGAGACAGAUUGAACGUCAAUAGAAACAAGAGUAAAGAGGAAGAAGAGCGGCGAACCUCUCAAAAGCAAGCGAUUAACUGCUUGGAUGUCGAUCUAAGUAACGGGUCUUAUGACGAAUCAUCUGAUGAGAGAAUUUUAACUCGGGAUAGAUUAAUAUUUGCACAAAGAGAUGGUCAAUAUAAAGCUGUUGGCAGUGACAUGAGCAGCAGUUACUUAUCUUCAAACUGCAGUACACCACCACCACCACCAUCAAUGCCAGCUCGUUCAGCUGAGCCUUUUACAGAACAAGAAAUAUCUAUUUACCAAAAACUUUGUCAAGAUUUGGAGAACCUUGUACAGCUUACUAAGGACAUUGAUGGUAUCUCCACAUGUGAAGAAUCAGCUGUUAUUACUUUUUCUUCUAUUCCAACGAGUGAUGUUAUCAUUAUCCAAAAGGAAUCCAGUGUAUCAGAUAUUGAAAAUAUGACAGCCGACGAUACGUUAGAUACGAAAAAUUCUUCUAAAUUUAAGAUCGUGCAAACAAGGGAGGAUAGCGUAGACAUUGCUAAUAUUAACUCCGAAACGCAAACAGAAACAUCGCCCGUAAAACGAAAGAUAUCGAUAAUACUCGACAACCUUAAAAAUCUUAGAGAGGAAUCCGAUACUAUCACUAGUUCCUUUUCUGAUGAGGACAGUAGGGAAAAGGACGGGGAGGGUAAAAAUCCUCUCACAGAUGACAAGAGUUUAAUAGCAAUUACCAAAGAAAUUUGUGAUAUGGUCGCUCGGGCCGAUAUUAAGAAGCAUGGAUUGGCAAUGAAAGUAAAAGAAAAAGAAAGUGAAGUUGAUAAGUUAACAGAGGACAAUGAUAAUAAAGAUCGAGUAGAGGACAGUUUGUUCUUCCGAGAUAUACAGCUGGCUAAACUUAGCGGUGAUUGGAAGGAAAGUACGUCCAACAACAAUGGCAGUCGCAAUGCAGUCAUUGCUAAUGAUCGUCGUACAAGUCUUACCAGUGGUGACAGCAGCAGCAACUGGGAAGGUGAGCUAAGGUCUUGCGAACAACGUGUUAGUAUGGUGUGUAAUGUCUCACAUAUGUCUCGACUAACUGCAAAAUAUAUCUGUUACAUUACUAAUCACAUAACCGCGCAAUUUUGCCUCCUGCUUGUCUUCUUUCUAGUGCUGUUGUUGGCGAUUGUCACUGUGCCAUAAAAACUGAAAGUGGUCAGAUAAAACAUAUUUGUUAAAAGUCAAGCAAAUAUUUAAUAAUAUACGCUGUGUGUAUGUGGCAUGAAUCGCCAAUCGAGCUUGUGAAACAGAAACUUUAUGGCAAGAAUCAUGUUAUUUUUUUUUACUUUUUGAAAUACACUUAUUUUAUCUUUUAUUAAAUAAUGCCCGGGGAUACAUAACUUGCAGAUUUUCAAACAUACUUCAAACGUUCUACUAUAUGUUACAUAUAAUUAUUUUGUUAUACGAUAUUUUUGUUAUCAUAUAAUAACAACUAUUGUUGUUGUUCUAAUUAUUAUUAUUAUUAUUAUAAUUAUUAUUUGUAGUAAAUGAUAAUAAUUACACGAUACCAUCCAUACAUUUGUUUAGUGUAUGCAGUGUUAUUGAAAAUGAAAUUUGACAAAGUAUAAAACUUAAAGGGUCCUCAAGCAUACCGCUAUAGAUAUAAAGUAAACGAGAAAAUAUGGCGACCCUUUGCAAUGCACUUUUUAAAAGAUUACUACACCUUGGACCAAGAAAAAAAUAUAUGGUAUUGUUUGAUAUGCACUUCAUGCAUGAAAGCAAGCUAAGAUGCCUCCCUAAGCUAAAAAAUUUACAAAAUAUAAUUAAAGUCAUCAGAGUUGUCCGAUCAUGUGUGUGCUCAUUGCCAUAGUUGCAAUAAUAGUCCAGUAAAAUUAGCUGUGAAAUCGCCCUGCGGUAGAAGUGGCUGCAUUUUGGAUAUUUGGUAAAUCGGGGUCGAAAAAGCCGAUUCUGAAAUUUGCAGCUUCCUAGAA